AUGUCCUCAAGCAUUAGCAGUUCCUCAGGCAGUAGCAGUUCCUCAAGCAUUAGCAGUUCCUCAAGCAUUAGCAGUUCCUCAAGCAUUAGAAGCUCCUCAAGCAUUAGCAGUUCUUCAAGCAUUAGAAGCUCCUCAAACAUUAGCAGUUCCUCAAGCAUUAGCAGUUCCUCAAGCAGUAGCAGUUCCUCAAGCAUUAGCAGUUCCUCAAGCAUUAGCAGUUCCUCAAGCAUUAGCAGUUCCUCAAGCAGUAUCAGUUCCUCAAGCAUUAGUAGUUCCUCGAGCAUUAGCAGUUCUUCAAGCAUUAGAAGCUCCUCAAGCAUUAGCAGCUCCUCAGGCAAUAGCAGUUCCUCAAGCAUUAGUAGUUCUUCAAGCAUUAGAAGCUCCUCAAGCAUUAGCAGCUCCUUAGGCAGCAGCAACUCCUCAGUCAGUAGUAGUUCCUCAAGGAGUAACAUUUCGUCAAAGAGUAGCAGUUUUUCAAGCGACAGGAGUUCCUCAAGCAGCAGUAGUUCCUCAAGGAAUAGUCGUUCCUCAAGCGGUAGCAGUUCGGCAAUCAGUAGAAGUACUCUAAGCAGCUGUAGUUCCUCAAGCAGUAACAGUUUUUCAAGCAGCAGUAGCUCUUUAUGCAUGAUCGGCUCAAGCAGUAGCAGCUCUUCAGUCAUUAGUAGCUCCUCAAGCAGUACAAGUUCCUCAAACAGAAGCAGCAGCCGCAGGAGCUCCUCAAGUAAUAGCAGUUCAUCGAGUUCAAGUAGGAGCAGUUCUUCAAGUAGUAGUAGGUCUUCAAGCCGUAGCAGUUCCUCCAGUAAUAGCAGCUCCUCACAUAGUUGUAUUUCUGCAAGCAGUGAUAUUCCCUCAAGCAGCAGCAGUUCUUCAAGUAUCAGCAGUUACGCCAUAAGCAGUAGUAAGAUAAAAUCUACACCAUUCAUAUACCCUGGAGCACCUUAA